UGCAGCUCGUCUAGAUUGGCCAGCACUCGUUUGAUGAGCUCGUCUAUCGCUGUGCACGAUCCAUCCGGCUGACUUCAUCGCCUCCGCAACAACGCAGGGCUUCUGUCGUCGGCCGUCGACUGUCGAAAUGCUAGCAGGCUUGCACGAGGUCCGCGCGAACGCUUCGGAGACACCGACCAAGUCGAAGGUCUUCAAGGGCAAUCGCUCGAGCAACAGCAUCGUCGCUCUCAACUUGAAGCGUGGCGCUCGACGUCCCCUACAAGCCCAAGACCUUCAGUCAGGGCAUCAUCUGGUUUAUCAACUUCCUCGAUCUCCACGAACAACAUCGUCGCUCGGCACGACAAGCCACGUGAAGGCGUCCGGCCACAACAGCUCAGCAACACAACUCAUGCACUGCCAUCUGCAGGCCUAGGAAGGAGAUAUUGUAAGUCUUAGUUGUCUCGGGGCUUGCGCGAGAAAGGAUGGAUGUACGCGAACAAUCACUCUAUGCGUCGCGAUGAGACACAUUUCGAGUGUCCGGGAUGUAAAGCAGUAAGGCCUAAUAAAGAUUUCCUUAUGUCGCAUGCAUACUAGAGCCUCAAUGCUAUGACAGUUGUCGACCAAACUCAAUCACGCAACUUGAACUGGGAUACAUGACAGUGUCCAUCAACUGCUGUACGUAGCGGACUCCUGUACCAUGUUAUAGCCAUUUGUCUCAUUGG